AGUUUCAACUUUGCCCUAGAACAGAGAACACAUUCAGGAACACAAAUGUGCAGAGAACAGCACCAAACUGACAUACACUGGUUUUCUCUCUGGAUUUUUAUAAUUUUCUUCUGUUUGCUUGUAUUUCUGUUGGUGAUUCUAGUGCCUGGAACAUGGCACUUCUCUCAGACAAGGGUUACUCUGGGACUGAACUCCUAGACCUGCUCCUCGAGCCCCAUAUGAACCCUCACAUGGACAGCAAUGGUGACCAUGGCAACCCAGCAUGGUCAAUCACAGAUCAAAGCAUUCUGUGUCAUGGUGAAGAAGGUGUUGUUGAUAACUUCUUGGACUCCCUGUUGCAAGGGUCAGAUGGCGUGUCGCAGCCCUGCUCUCCUCUGUGGGUCCCCUCACCCUCUGACAGCGGAAUCAGUGACGACACCCCGUCUGACCACCUGGACAGCCCGCCGCCGUCCGCCAGCCCGCUUUUCAACUCCAUCUUCCUCCCUCAGCAUCCUCAUCUUCUCCCUCAGCAUCUUCAGCAGCAGGACGCACCUGUCGCAAACACAGAGCCUGAUAUCUCCAUUGAUCUGGAAGAUUGGGAGGCCUGUCUGUUCUCCGAUGGUCUGACAGACUCUCAGUGCAUGUCAGCAGUGCAGAGAACUCAACCAGCCACCGUUAACCAGCUCACCGUAAAAGACCUGCUGCUUUCCAACAUCGGAGAAGUGUCGAAACCCUCCACCCAGCAAUCCCAGCAAGAACUGAUUCUUAAUGAAGAUGAGAAGAAACUUUUAGCCAAGGAAGGAGUCAGUCUUCCCAGCCAACUGCCUCUUAACAAGUACGAAGAAAAGAUUUUGAAGAAGAUUCGGAGGAAAAUCCGGAACAAGCAGUCGGCACAGGAGAGCCGCAAGAAAAAGAAGGAAUACGUAGAUGGACUGGAGGGAAGGAUGGCUGCCUGCAGCGCUCAGAAUCAGGAAUUACAGAGGAAAGUCCUCCAGCUGGAGAAAACCAACACGUCUCUGAUGGAGCAGUUACGCUGGCUGCAGUCUCUGGUGAUGAAUGGCUCCAGUAAACCGGCUCAGACGGGAACCUGCAUCCUGGUGCUGGUCCUCUCUUUCUCUCUCAUUCUCAUCCCGAGCCUCCAGCCCAUCUCACACAGGAGGGCCGCUGACCCCGGGGACUUCAGCGCCAGCAAAGUUCAGUCCAGGUCACUGCGCUCAGUGAUGGAGGUCUACAGCAUCCAGCCUGGCAACUCGUUCAACAGGGAUGUGGACGUUUCCUCGUCCCCUCACAGCAAGCUUCGGCUCAAGCCUGAGUACGCCGACAUGGACCCUCUACAUCACAACCACAGCUACAGAGACCAUGAGCAUCAUCACGGCGACCCCAUCACGGGCCACGCUGCCACACUGAGGUGGAUAACGCAUCAUGAGAAAGACAGGAAGUGAUGUAACGGAUUGGCACACAUUAUACCAGCCGUUUGACCAAGGCAUCACAACUGAUUCCGGCCACAGACAGGAAGUUACUGUCUGAAUGACAUGCAAAGCAACUGACCUCUGUUUGUUUUGCUUUUACCUUCAUUGAGUUGUGGGUUUGUCUGAACAGAUUAAAUAAUAGACAAUAUUAGACUGGAAUGGAAAAAUAAAUAAUGCAAAUGAUGAUGCAGCAGCCUAGAACAUGCAAAAACGUACAAAAAACACAAAAUAUAAUAGAACAUGUUGUGGAAAAAGUACAUAUUUCACAGACGCUUUACUUACGAAUAACGUAUUUUAAAACUCUGAGUGUCGUGCAAAGAUUUCAUGCAACUAACCAGGCAAAUCUAGUGACUAUUUCAUUCUCAAGCAUUCAUUGCAUCAACAUUUGUAAACGUUUGACUACGGCAUAGCAGCUCAUUCUGGACAAAAACCGCCCACAGACAGGAAGUGACCGUCUGAUUGACACGCAAAUGUUUGUUUUGCCUUUACUUGGCAUGUAGUUGCGGGUUUAUCUGAAUAGAUUAUACAUCCAUAACAGACUGGAAUUGAAAAAUAAAUGCAAAUAAUGAUGCAGCAGCAUGCAAAAAUGUGUCCAGAAAACACACGCACACACAAAUAGUUUAAAACUGUUGCAAAAAUAUAUACUUUAGACACUUAAGUUUACUUGUGAAUAACAUAAAAAAAAAAAAAAC